AUGCCGAUGCCACCGCUGCACGGAAAGAAACGUCCUCGUCUCGACCGUCCGCACCAGCACGAGCAUCAGCACCACGAGAAUCAUGAUCAACCACUGCUCAAUGGGAGAGACCUGGGAGGCGGAAGCCCGUGGCAGUGGCGUGCCGGAGAGAGAAAUAAGGACAUCGACGGAAGCAGAGGAGGCACGUCGUCGUCAACGACGAACAGACCGAUCACGGGGCGGCCCGAAAAUGCGGCCCUAGCAGCUCCGAGCUAUGCAUACGAGAGAGAGGACAGCGACAGCGACGAUGACGAGACGAUGCCGCCGCGGCAACUGUUCGAUGGGCCGCUGCUGUCGGUGAAGGAAUACCGGGAUAGACCAACGGGAGACGUUAGGCUUGCUGUUUUUCAGGGAGGUCGCCGAAUGUCCGUCGCGCAGAUCCUCUUCUCCCUGAAGCAGGAGGGGCGGGGGGAGAACAACCACGCCUAUGGUCAUGUCAAGUCUGUGAAGGUAGACCAAGAUUUUCGGGGGAUCGGUCUGGGACCGCUGCUGUUCAAGGAGGUGAGUCGCGACAACGCGAAAAAGGUAAUACACAGGGCGCGUGUACUGCAUGGACAUCUGCUCUUGCCAAAAGGGAAGGAAAGCGAAAGGAGGCGUACACAAACAACACUCGGAAACAUUAUGCGGUGCGAGUUACACGUGUCCGCUCGUGACUCCAAGACCUAG